CAGAAAUAUUGUCUUGAGUGAGAGAAAUCUAGGAAGCAGUAGGUUUCAUUUUUUGUCAGCCUGCCUGGCCUUUACUUGGCUAACACUUGGGAGUGUUGACAGUCCUGAGCCCUCUUGACAGAGAACAAAGGUUAGAAAGAGAGAAGCCCUCAGGCAAGGGGACAGAUCCCUCUUUGCCUCAUUAGGGAGAAUUCAGCCUUGUCUGGUUGGCAGGGCACACUUAAUCACUGAGACUCAGCAUUUCAGCAGUUUGCAAAGGAAAGUGAUAUGAAGGGACAGCUGCAAGUAAGUCACAGCCUAGAUCUGAAGAGAUCAAGCACUCACUUCACUUGGAGGAAAGAGAGAAGGAAGGAAGCUGAGGACUUAGCAGGUCUCCACGUAUCACUGGACAGGCCAUGGCUCCACGGUCCCGGCGACGAAGGCACAGGAAACCUCCCUCAUCAGUGGCUCCCAUCGUCAUGACCCCAACCACAAUUGUGACCCCUAUGCCUCUGACCCCCUCAAAACCGGGCCCUAGCAUUGACACACUUGGCUUCUUCUCCUUGGAUGACAAUGUUCCUGGCCUAUCGCAGCUGAUCCUUCAAAAGCUGAACAUGAAAAGCUAUGAAGAAUACAAGUUGGUGGUAGAUGGGGGCACCCCUGUAUCAGGCUUUGGAUUUCGAUGUCCUCAAGAAAUGUUCCAGAGGAUGGAAGACACAUUUCGAUUCUGUGCUCACUGUAGAGUACUCCCUAGUGGCCUUUCAGACUCCAAGGUUCUCCGGCACUGUAAGAGGUGCAGAAAUGUCUAUUACUGUGGUCCGGAGUGCCAGAGGUCAGACUGGCCCGCACACAGGAGGGUUUGUCAAGAGCUUCGUCUUGUGGCCGUGGACCGUCUCAUGGAAUGGCUUCUGGUCACAGGUGAUUUUGUCCUACCCUCAGGACCUUGGCCAUGGCCACCUGAAGCUGUACAGGACUGGGACUCCUGGUUUUCUAUGAAGGGGUUACACCUAGAUGCUACACUGGAUGCUAUGCUAGUCAGUCAUGCCGUGACCACCUUAUGGGCCAGUGUAGGACGGCCAAGGCCAGACCCAGAUGUCCUGCAGGGAUCUUUGAAGCGGCUGCUGACAGAUGUCCUGUCACGGCCCUUGACCCUGGGCCUAGGACUUAGGGCCUUGGAGAUAGAUGUUAGGAGGAUUGGGGGAAGCACAGUGCAUGUGGUUGGUGCUUCCCAUGUGGAGACAUUUCUUACUCGCCCUGGGGACUAUGAUGAACUUGGCCACAUGUUUCCUGGGCACCUUGGACUCCGUGUGGUCAUGGUGGGUGUAGACGUGGCUAAUGGCUUUUCACAGAGCACCUCAACUUCACCCCUGGAACCUGGCACAAUUCAGCUUAGUGCCCACAGGGGCCUCUAUCAUGACUUCUGGGAGGAGCAAGUAGAGACUGGGCAGACAGACCAUCCAGAUUUGGUGGCAGCAUUCCAUCCAGGUUUCCAUUCCUCCCCAGACUUGAUGGAGGCUUGGCUGCCUACCCUGCUGCUACUUCGUGACUAUAAGAUUCCUACACUGAUUACUGUUUACAGUCAUCAGGAGUUGGUAUCCUCUUUGCAGAUUCUGGUGGAACUGGAUACACACAUCACUGCCUAUGGGGCUAAUCCUUUCAUGUCUCUCAAACCUGAACAGGUCUAUUCCAAUCCCAACAAGCAGCCAGUAUACUGCAGUGCAUAUUAUAUUAUGUUUCUUGGAAGCUCCUGUCAGCUGGAUAAUAGUCAAUUAGAAGAGAAAGUGGAUGGUGGGAUUUAAAUAGAUCAUGACUGGACAUCUGGAAAAUGGGGAGGUUGUGAUGAAAUUACCCUGCUAAUGCCAAAUUCUUGCAAACUUUGAAAAACACUAUAUUCUAAACCUCAUUCACUGUUUGGGUAAAAAUUCUAAGCUGAAUGAGAGUUUCUGUAUAACGUAAUUGGUUUCUUUCUUUUUUUGAGAUGGAAUCUUGCUCUGUUGCCUAGGCUAGAAUGCAGUGGCGCGAUCUCGGCUCACUGCAGCCUCCACCUCCUGGGUUCAAGCGGUUCUCCUGCCUCAGCCUCCCUAGUAGCUGGGAUUACAGGUGCGCACCACCACACCUGGCUAAUUUUUGUAUUUUUAGUAGAGACAGAGUUUCGCCAUGUUGACCAGGCUCGUAUCAAACCCUUGACCUCAGGUGAUCUGCCUGCCUCGACCUCCCAAAGUUCUGGAAUUACAGGCAUGAGCCACUAUGCCCAGCCAAUGUAACCGGUUUCUAAGAGUUUAGCCACAGUAGCUUUUAGAGAUGGGAAAUUAGUUUUAGUGGAUGGGAAGAGGCCCUGAUGUUAGUCUUUCCAGAGCUUAUAGUUCCUAACACUUGCCUUUGUGAGGAAGUUUACCUUUUGACUGGAACCAGAUGGCACUGAGGAGAAGAAUGAGAACCACCUUAUUCUUCUGAAAAAGACUUUCUUCUUAUCCAGUAAUUUGGGCUAAAAAAUGGAAAGAUGUUGAUGACUUCAAGUGGUACAAGAAUGGACAAGUCAGGGAAGUCACUGGGAACAUGGAUGAGGUUGUAAGCAUUGGUAUACUGUCCUGUUUCCUGGCUUUUUUGAGAGCAAUGUCUAAUUUUCCUGUUUUCUCUUGGGGGCUUUUGACCCUAGAGUAGCCCUGGUGUUGUAUUUGAGAUAUCCCAAGCUAUAUCAGACUUUACCUGAAUAUA